AUGUCUGAAGCGGGAGAUAGCCAGCACAAGCGGUCUAAAUCAGCGGCCGCCUUGUCUCUCCUCCGCCGACGCGAUACCCGAGGAGACGACGACACUGCUUCUGACGACGGCUCGACCUCAAAUCUUGCAUCUACCCCGACCAUUGCCACAUCUCCGGCCACGAUAUCCAUGGCGCAUCAGAAUUCAGCAAAGGGCCACAACUCCCGGCUAUCCACUGCUGGGUCGGUUAGCAGCCGAGUCCUCCAAAGCCAGAACCCCACCUCAACCUCCCCUUCAACGGCAACGAAAUCGACCGCCACUCUCUUUGAUAAGGGAAACAGCCUGGAGCAGUCGGUACGGAAGUUUCGCAUCGUGGAAGCCUUGAGGAGUGGUGAUACGGCCUCGAUAUCGAGAGCCAUCAGAGACACAGCCGAGAACGGCCCCCGAGCCAGCACUUCUUCCAUCGGCACCCAGUCGGGGCAUAGCUUGGACGAUACCACCAUCCUGCACUUGGCUAUCCAAUGCGCCGAAUUUCCUGUGGUUGAAUACGUUCUGUCUGAUGGCGCCGGAUCCAUCGACAUCAAUGCGAGGGACAAGGAUGGUAACACACCCCUCCAUAUCGCAUCAUUGCAGGGGCGGACCCAAGUCGUGCGACUCUUGCUCGACCAGAAGGACAUCAACGAUGCUGUCGCAAACAACCAGGGUCGUCUACCUCUCGAUCUCGCGCGGAAUCCGGAGAUCUUCCAAUCGCUGCAACUCUCACGUUCACUGUUUGCUGAGAGCAAGGUCAAACAGGUGCAAGAACUUAUCACUCGCGGAGAUUACAAAACGCUAGAGAAGGUGCUAGAAGAGCCCCGUCUGAAGACUGUUCUAGAUAUCAACAGCACCGAGUUUGCAUCGGAUCCAUUGGUGGUGCAAGCCGGCGGCACUCUGCUGCAUGAGGCUGCCAGGCGUAAGAACACGCAACUCAUCCAGCUGCUACUUCUGCAUGGCGCAGACCCAUUCCGUCGCGAUCGUAAGGGAAAGCUCCCCCAGGAUGUGACCAAAGAUGAUGUCACAAGAGCCAUGUUAAAGAAAUCGCCCGCUGCGGUGGCUGCGCAGCGGGGUAUACAGGAAAAGGCCGUGCUUGGCCAUGCUGCCUCUCAAGCGGGCACAUCUACGGCCACUGGAGAUGCUCUUCUUGGUAGAGAAGCCAGGGAGAUGAAGGGCUAUCUUAAGAAAUGGACCAAUUACAGGAAAGGCUACCAACUUCGUUGGUUUGUGCUCGAAGAUGGCGUGUUGAGUUACUACAAGCACCAAGACGAUUCCGGCUCCGCCUGCCGUGGUGCCAUCAAUAUGCGGAUUGCCAAACUCCACAUGAGCCCAGACGAGAAGACAAAGUUUGAGAUCAUAGGGAAGUCUUCUGUUAAGUAUACUCUGAAAGCGAACCAUGAAGUCGAGGCUAAACGAUGGUUCUGGGCGCUCAACAACUCGAUCCAGUGGACCAAGGACCAGAUGAAGGAAGAAGAGCGGCAGAAAGCCCGAAGCGCAGACCUCCUGAAGCAAGCCAUGGCUGAGCAUUCUCAGGGGACUUCCAUCAACGAGAGCGAAAACGGCAGCCUUGCGGAACCGAAGCGGUCUAGCUUCCAGCUAUCGCGACUGCAUAGUGCCAACAAGUCUUUGAGCAAAGUUCCGACAGCUGUUGCCAGCACGGUUGGAAGCAUUGAUGACGACGAUGCCAUGACGGACGAUCUAUCUAGGAUGAGGACCGGCAACGGCGCAUCGAUGAUGCCGGAUGAUGACGACGACGAUGAUGAUGAAUACGGUGACGCUUCUAGUGGACGUGAUGCACCAAAUACCAACAAGGACGCCUUCACAAUCACAGCGCAGUCAGCUAAACUGCAGCUCGAUACGAUGGCGCAAGUCAACGCCGCGCUCAUCACUGAGGCCACGAAAAACCCUGCUCUCACGUUGUCCGACACGAAGACAACGCAGGCCCUAGCGACAUAUGAUGCAGCUAUUCGCUCCAUGACCGGCCUCAUAGGCGAUCUUUUGCGUAUCUCGAAGGAUCGCGAUGCGUAUUGGCAAUACCGCUUGGAUCGCGAGGUUGACAUGAGGCGGAUGUGGGAGGAAAGCAUGGCCCAAGUGGCAAAGGAACAAGAGGUUCUCGAGGCCCGAGUCGGCGAAGCCGAGCUGAAGAAGAAGCACGCGAAACGGAUCCUCAAAGAAGUCAUCGGGACCGGCAUGCUGGAGUCUCCCCGCGACGCUGAGUUUGUUGAAGCGGAGGAGGAGCAAGAUGCCGAGGAAGACCCGCUCAAGUCUCCGACCAAGAGCAUCACUCGACGAGAAACCGUGCUUACAGAAGUUGCCAAUCUUUCCGAAGACGAGUCUGAGGAUGAUGAAGAAUUCUUUGACGCUGUUGAUGCCGGCGAGAUUGAGGUCGAGCCAAUGCCACCAUCUGAGAUGGAGGAGAAGAGUGAACUAGUUGUCACUGGCGGUCUGGAUAUUAGCAGCUCUUUCCACGGUUACGAGAAUGGAAUCAGGACGAAGCUGAAGAUUGACGCCGACAACCGGCCUAAGAUCUCUCUAUGGGGUAUCUUGAAGUCAAUGAUCGGUAAGGACAUGACAAAGAUGACUCUCCCAGUCACGUUCAACGAGCCUACAUCACUUCUUUAUCGUUGUGGUGAAGAUAUGGAGUAUGCAGAUCUUCUAGAUCUGGCGGCAGACCGAACCGAUUCGAUCGAGCGCCUGCUCUAUGUGGCUGCAUUUGCUGCCAGUGAAUAUGCUUCUACCAUUGGCCGAGUCGCAAAACCAUUCAAUCCUCUCCUUGGUGAGACUUUUGAGUAUGUCCGGCCAGACAAGAACUACCGUUUCUUUAUCGAGCAGGUUAGCCAUCAUCCGCCUGUCGGUGCAGCCUGGGCAGAAUCGCCGAAGUGGACCUACUGGGGAGAGUCGGCUGUGAAGUCCAAGUUCUACGGCAGGUCCUUUGAUAUCAACCCUCUCGGUACUUGGUUCCUGAAGCUUCGGCCUACGUCUGGCGGCAAGGAAGAUUUGUACACCUGGAAGAAGGUCACCUCCUCGGUUAUUGGGAUCAUCACCGGAAACCCCGUGGUCGACAACUACGGUCCGAUGGAGAUUAAGAACUGGACUACCGGAGAAAUUUGCUACAUUGACUUCAAGCCACGCGGGUGGAAGGCGUCCAGCGCGUACCAGAUUGCCGGCAAGAUUGUCGAUGCUAAUGGUAGAGUGCGUGUCAGUCUUGGCGGCCGUUGGAACUCCAAGCUAUAUGCACGCCUGACGCCGGGCUAUGAAGCUACUGUUGAGGAGCCUGCUGACGGGGAAUCGGUGCAUCGCGGAAGCAUUACUGACCAGAACCGCGCGUUCUUGGUCUGGCAGGCGCAUGAACGUCCUAAGGGCAUUCCGUUCAACCUGACACCGUUUGUCCUCACAUUCAACCACAUCGAUGAUAAGCUUGCCCCCUGGUUGCCGCCGACAGAUUCUCGUCUGCGUCCCGACCAACGGGCUAUGGAGGAGGGCGAAUACGACUUUGCGGCUACGGAAAAGAAUCGUCUUGAGGAGGGUCAACGCGCGAGAAGAAAAGCGAGAGAGGCACGUGGAGAGGAGUUCAUCCCGGCUUGGUUCACGAAGGCUAAGUGCGAGGUCACGGGCGAGGAGUACUGGAAGUUCAACGGCAAGUACUGGGAGCAGAGAGAGAAGGCCGGUAGGGGAGACAAGAGCGCAUGGGCGGGAUUGGAGCCAGUCUACGAGGGCUAG